AUCAGCAGCGUGAAUUCCAAGAAGCAGUAGGUGUUUCUUGGCAUUUCAACUGGGAUUUUGGAAAGGGAAGCCGGGUAUUUAAUGGGAAAAAAAUUGCGAUGGAAGGAAGGGAUGCGGAGGCUGCACACUGCCCUGGGUUUGCAGGCGUGUGGAAGUUGUGGAAAUAGCGUAAGAACCAAGUGAGCAGCUGCACCUUUCCCAAAGCAACCACCUGCGUUCCUCCUCUCCUCUGGAAUGGACAAUGGGAUGGUCUCUGGCUUUAUCAUGAUCAAAAACUUCUUCCUCUUCUGCAUUUCCAUGAGUUUAGCCAGCCACUUCGGCUUCUCGCAAACGCCAACAGCAUCGGGAAAAGAGGACACCAAUGACAACAUCACUAUAUUCACCAGGAUCUUGGACGGUCUGCUGGACGGCUACGACAACCGACUGCGCCCGGGACUGGGAGAGAGAAUAACUCAGGUGAAAACAGACAUCUAUGUUACCAGUUUUGGUCCCGUGUCAGACACAGAAAUGGAAUACACCAUUGACGUUUUUUUCCGACAAAGCUGGAAAGACGAAAGGCUGCGAUUCAAAGGGCCUAUGCAACGCCUCCCUCUGAACAACCUGCUCGCCAGCAAGAUUUGGACCCCGGACACUUUUUUCCACAAUGGCAAGAAAUCUAUUGCUCACAACAUGACAACCCCAAACAAACUUCUGCGCCUGGAGGAUGACGGCACCCUGCUGUAUACCAUGAGGUAAUAACCGGGAUGGAUUUCUUCUGA